UCUUGCUCCAUGGGUACCAGUUGUUGGUCUGGAAAUUCAUGCACAGAUCAGUUCCAACUCAAAACUCUUCUCUGGUUCCCAAGUCCAGUUUGCAGCACCUCCUAACUCUGUGGUAUCUUUCUUUGAUGCUUCUUUACCAGGAACACUGCCAGUUAUCAACAGAAGAUGUGUAGAAGCAGCAGUGAUGACAGGCCUGGCACUCAAUUGCAGCAUAAACAAGAGGUCCUUGUUUGACAGAAAACACUACUUCUAUGCAGAUCUGCCUGCUGGCUAUCAGAUCACUCAGCAAAGAGUUCCCAUUGCGGUGAAUGGAAGUUUGUCAUACAGUCUCUGCACAGACAACAAAAUGAGCCAGAUGAUAACCAAAACUGUGAGGAUUAAACAAAUUCAGUUGGAGCAAGACAGUGGAAAGAGUCUCCAUGAUGACACGAGGAGCCAGACCCUUGUUGACUUGAAUAGGGCUGGAGUCGGCCUCAUGGAGGUUGUCAUGGAGCCUGAUAUGUGCUGUGGGGAAGAAGCAGCUGCAGCAGUCAGAGAGCUCCAGCUCAUUCUUCAAACACUUGGGAGCAGCCACGCAGUCAUGGCAGAGGGUCAGCUGAGAGUGGAUGCCAAUGUUUCUGUGCAUCACCCUGGAGAGCCUUAUGGAGUGAGGACUGAAGUGAAGAAUAUCAAUAGCAUACGAUUCCUGGCAAAAGCAGUAGACUAUGAAAUACAGAGGCAAAUUGAAGAACUUGAAAAUGGAGGAACUAUUCUGAAUGAAACAAGAGCCUUUGAUUCUAAGCUUGGGUGCACUGUACCAAUGAGGGACAAAGAAGGAAAACAGGAUUAUCGCUUCAUGCCAGAGCCAAACCUUCCUCCAUUGAUUCUGUACGAUGCAAAAUCUUUGCCAGCUAAUGUGAACUAUCAGCAAGUGGUAAAUAUUGAUUGGAUUCAUGAGAGACUUCCUGACCUUCCCAGUGUGAAGAGAGCAAAGCUUGUUGAACAGUAUGGGAUUCUUCCUGAACACAGCUUCACCUUAUUGAAUGAAGACGGAUUAACAGAAUUCUUUGAAAAUGUGGUAAAACAGACCCAAAUGAAGCCAAAGAAAGUGAUCGGCUGGAUUCUAAAUGACCUGCUCAGUUACUUGAACCAACAUUCCCUUACAGUAAAGGAAAGCCCAGUCAGUUCUUCUAUCCUGGCUGACCUUUUGAACCUUCUAGAAAAGAAAGAAAUUUCUUCUACAGCAGCCAAGCAG